UAAUAAAGGGACAGAGAUACAGUAUAGCAAAACUAGCUCAGACACAGAUCACUCACAGAGGCUGACAUCCACGUGAAGCGAUCAUAACGUGUACACGAGACGAGAUAGAUAAGCAUAGAUACUGUACAGAACAGAGAAUGGGAGACGGAGAGAGAUUCCCCAGGUCAGCACUGCAGAUUGACCUGGACUGUUUCUUCGUGUCUGAGGAGUUUGGAUUCAUCCUGGAGCAGCCAGCAACAGACCUUCCAGAUUACUACCGGGUAUGGAUGGACUUGGCCAGCAACCUCACACCCCUCAUCCAAACACAUCAGCUGCGAGACCUGGUCAAUGAGAUGCCAGUGCUGAGUCCCCAUCUCCUAAAGGGCCACCGGGAGCUGAGGCUGGCUCACCUGGCCCUGGGCUUCAUCACCAUGGGGUAUGUCUGGCAGGAGGGGCAUCACCUGCCGGCCCAGACUCUCCCCAAAUCCCUGUCUCUGCCCUACUGGCUGGUCUCCAAGAGACUCGGCCUGCCUCCCAUCCUGACCUAUGCAGACUCUGUUCUGGUCAACUGGAGACUCAAGGACCCUACAGGGGACAUGGAAAUUGGGAACUUGGAAACACUGUUCUCUUUCCCUGGGGGAGAAAGCUGUAAAGGGUUCUUCCUGGUCUCUCUUUUGGUGGAGAGGGCUGCUAGCUCAGGGAUACAGGGGGCGUUUUCAGUGAUGAAUGCUGUGGUAACCUGUGACAUCAUCAGCAUACAGAAGGGCCUCUACAAAGUGGGCCAGUCUCUGAGGAAGAUGAAGGAAAUAUUUGAGCUCAUGCACAGGCAUGUGGACCCCACUGCAUUCCAUGGAACUCUGAGAAUCUUCUUCUCAGGAUGGAGAGAUAACCCCAUGCUUCCAGGAGGGCUGUUGUAUGAGGGUAUAGUUGAGGAGCCGAUGAUGCUGUCAGGAGGAAGUGCUGCCCAGAGUUCCUCCAUUCAGUGCUUUGAUGCGCUACUGGGCAUCUGUCAUGAUGACCAUGCAGCAUCUUUCCUGAAGCGCAUGCGGGAGUACAUGCUCCCCUCCCACCGCCAGCUGAUAGAGACUCUGUCUGGCUGUCCCCCUCUACGUGACUUUAUCCUCUCCUGCUCCAGCCCUUCUCUCUGCGUCAAUUAUGACUCCUGUGUGUCUGCCCUGGUGAACCUGCGGAGUUAUCACCUCUCUGCCGUGACCCGGUACAUCACUGUACCUGGUCACCGGGCCCGUGCCAUGCGCUGUCCACUCAACGGCGUAGGCUCAGCAUUGGAUGAAACCGGCACCGGAGGCUCCAGCCCACUGCCCUUCCUGAAGAGCAUCCGGGAUGCCACUCAGAGAGCACUGAUCUCACAGACCUGACUCACAUCACAGAGUCAACGCUGAUAUAGAUCACUAUCGUUUGGUUACUUACACAGCAUAUGUUCCUUCAACAUGGUGUUGUAUCAAACUGUCGCUGCUCUGCAAUUCACAUAGUAUACCAUAGAAUAAUUUCAGCACACCUUUCAUCAUUGUAUUGGCUGUAUAUACAGUAUAUAUCAUUAUGCUUGACUAUUAUAUUUUCUCUUGCUGUGGCAAACACUACAUAAUUAUUGUAAAUAUUACUCAAACUAGUUGAAAAUUGGGUUCUGGCGAGGGCCUACCCACUUCCAACACUGCCUAGUGCGUUUUAGUUUGAUGAUCUAUUUGACUAGGAAUAACCAAGAGAAUGAUGUAGAGCACGGCGGUCAAACUCAUUCCAUGGAGGGCCGAGUAACUGCAGGUUUUUUUUCUUCUUUCAAUUAAGACCUAGACAACCAGGUGAGGGGAGUUCCUUACUAAUUAGUGACCUUAAUUAAUCAAUCAAGUACAAGGGAGUAGCGAAAACCCGCAGACACUCGGCCCUCCGCAGAAUGAGCUUGACACGUGAUGUAAAGCUAUCAACUAAGCCAUCACAGCUAAAUGCUUUAUAUGCCAGUUGUUUAUGACCUAACAACACAACUUUAUGGUUGUGGAAAAUGUACAUCCCAAUCGACAUACUAACAUAAAAGACAUACAGAUGUAGGAUCUUCAUUUGAGCCAGUUUCCUUCAGCAGUAAAAUAAUCCUGCAAGCAACAGGAAAUGUGAAUUAUUAUGUGGAAUACAUUUUUUAUGAAGUUGAUACAAUUUUCUUUCGGGUGAAUCAAGUCUGACAUUUAAAGUGGAAAUUACAAACUUUAGAAUUCUUUCAACUUUCCAUUUCCUGCUGUGCACAAAAAUUCUCAGCAACAAAAAUAGUGAUCAAAUGAAGAUCCUACAUCUGUAUACGGUAUAUAGAAAUCUUAAAACAUUGAUGCUUAGGUGACAGUGGUGGUUUCUGUGAUAGGUAUUGAAUUGUAAAACAGUUUACCUUGUAAGCUUCAUUGUGGAACUCCAACUCUACCCAAAGUACAUCUUAAACCUGCCAGCAGUUAUUUGAAUCAUGGUUUAAAGGAUUCUAUGCUUGAGAAGGAACCCUCAUUCAUGAAGUGUCAUGUUGGCUGGCUUACAGUAGAUAAACCACAUGGUCUUACCAGCCAUGCUUUUGUAUGGGGUCUCAAAUGGUCCAAAAAAAUGAUGGUUGUUCACUGACUUCUUUUAUGGUUAUCUGUCUGUAGUAGUGGCCACAGUACUGGGUCGGGUUGGUAAAAGGGAUUGAAAGUGGAUGGUCCUGUGAUGUGCACAGCACACUUAACAUGAAAGUACCUGGCUGAUGCCAUAGCAAAUCCUUCACUGAUGUGGUAAACUGCAGUAGGCUACAUGCCUCAGCAUUGCCUCACAUUUCAACUUGAAACAUCAGUAUGCAGUUUUAGAGGGCUCGCUUGUCAAGUAGCUUUUAUGACUAAAUAUCCCAAUAGUGGAUAGAGUAAGUAUGGAUAGAAACGCCAUCAUCGCCUGGCUUUAACCACCAUGGGGAUGUGGGUAAUGAGAAGGCCCUUACAUUGUUCUAUAAAGGGAGAUUUUCUAUUCCAUCAAAUUCUUCCUGGACAGUUGACACGUACAAAAGCACAGUUAAACUCAUACACUAUAAAUAUCCUUAGGGACCUGAACCACUCAGCUCCUUAGGGAGCUGAGCCACUGAGCUUGCGUCAAUUAUCCAACCUGUUUCACCAUAGUAACCAUGGUUUCACUGCAGCUCGGGAUCUUAGCUCCACAAGCCGGAAGUGAGGGAUGAAGCAAUAUAGGGAGGGAGGUAGAGAGAGGGAAAUUACACCCUUGCAUUCAGGUGUCCAAGCAGACAGUAUCUUGGCAGCAGGUGGCAGGCUGGAAACUGUCAAACCUCAGGGCACACCAGUAGUGUCCCUGCCAGAGAGUGGGCCAAUCACAUUUAGAGAAAGAGAGGGCGAAAGAGUUCUGAGAGUGACUGGGCAGAACUCUACACAAUCCUACACUGCAGCUGAGCCCUGGUCAUGCUACAAGUCUUUCUCCCCAAGACAGGGAAGAGAGAGUAGAUUAAGACAUGUACUGUACCAUGUUGAUGUACCUACCGGUUCUCAGAUGGAGUCCAACUUUUUAUAUUCCAUCAACAUUGCUUUGUAUCAAACUGUCGCUGCCCUGCAAUUCACACAGUAUACCACAUAAUCAUUUCAGCACACCUCUCAUAAUUAUAUUGGUUUUUAUUGAAAAUGCAUUUUGUGUGAGGUAAAAACAGUACAAAAUGCAUAAUAUUGCACAUGAUCAAUGAAUUGCACUUCCUUAAGGUAUCACUAUGUGUCUGUCUUUCAGUAUGCUACAGCCAAAUAAUGAAAGACUUGGUAACCCAGUCGACAAGAACAGAUGUGUGAUUGAAUCACAUGAUGUCUGUGUGACAUUUUUAAUGUGAGAUUGAAAUGAUUGUCCAUAAACUAAUGGUGCAGUAAGUGUAUAGUUUUAGUGACUACAUCAACUGAAUCUCUCUGCUACCAAAGUUACUAUUUAUCACUGGUCUAGAAAUAUAAAGAUUGCAAGUUCAGUGCAUGGAUUGCUUCUCCUGGGUGGUGAGUUGAUUUCACCCCUAACGUAAUCAUAUAGGAGAUGGUAAUCAAAGGCGUUUGGUGCUGAUCAAUUGCAGAAUUAUAGCAUCAUGUGAAUGACCAUGUGGUCUGUGAUGAGGAUCAAUUAAGCCAAGUGUGUGAGAAUGUGAAAUACAUAUCGCAGAGAGAAUAGUGAUGAGUUUCAUCAUGUCUUUACAGUACAUUUCCUUGCUGUGGGUGAGAAUAAGUUAGUGCGAUGUUAGCCAGUACGUAAGUUAAAGACACGGAAAGCUUUAUGCGUGUGACAUGAUAAAGAAGUUGCAAAAUAUGCUUACCUUUUCAACUGAUAUUUAAGAAAAGCAUUUUAAGGUCAUUUUAAAAAAAAGUCUGCUGCGGGUUGAACAACACAGUAAUAAAACUUAUCAAUAAACUUUAA